CCGCAGGUGUCGGGUGGGUCUGGAGGGGAAGCAGGCGAGGGUCCAGAUCUCCGCAUGCAAUCGCCGCUGGCCGGACUCCGCGAUUCGGCUUCUGACCCGCGCACCCAGGGUGCAGAACUGGCAGAGGCCUCAAGCAAGACGUCCAGCUCCCGGCUGCCGCCUGCUGGCUCUCCGCUGUGCGCAAGGCCUUGGUGACCUCAUUGGUCCCUGCAUUACGUGGGGCAGAGCUUAGCGUCCACAGAUGGGGACCCCCACCCCCAACCACCGGGUGGCUUCAGAGGCUGAGUAUGGGACUCGCCGCCCAAGGACCCGCAGGGACCCGCCUUCUGCUAUGUUGAGCUUCUCUGAACCUCCGGUUUCACAAUUAUGAAAUGGUGACCUACCUCUGGAUGAGGAAACAGAGGAGGAGAGAAGCUAUGGAAUGUGGCCUGACUAGAUAAGUGGAGAACUGCAUUCCAACUGCUCCUGGUUUAUUCAGACACAGACAGCCCCUCCCUUCUGCCAGGAGCCACCAGCUUUGUGUUCUCUUUGUGGGCUGAGCUCUUGGGAGGGGAAAGAGUGUCUGGUGAUCUUAACUUCUGACAAGUGCGAACCUGAACACUUCUGCUACAUGCAAUCCCAUGAUUGGAACAACUCAGGCCAUGUGGUCGUGACGUAGGACUGGAACUCAAGCCUGAGAGGUGGGAUGCUAUGGAAUAUGAUGAGAAGCUGGUUCGGUUCCGGCAGGCCCACCUCAACCCCUUCAACAAGCAGCUUGGCACAAGGCAUCAUGAACAGGAACCCAAUGAGAAGGCCCAGGAAGUCACUUCUGAAGAGUCUCUGCAUGAGCUACCCGCUGGGGAGCCUGAAUUCUGCUACUCAGAGCGCAUGAUGGAUCUUGGCCUGUCUGAGGAUCACUUUUCCCGCCCUGUGGGUCUCUUCCUGGCCUCUGAUGUCCAGCAGCUGCGGCAGGCCAUUGAAGAAUGCAAACAGGUGAUUCUGGAGCUGCCAGAGCAGUCAGAGAAGCAGAAGGAUGCUGUGGUGAGGCUGAUCCACCUCCGGCUGAAGCUCCAGGAGCUCAAGGACCCCAAUGAGGAGGAACCCAACAUCCGGGUUCUCCUAGAGCAUCGCUUCUACAAGGAGAAGAGCAAGAGUGUCAAACAAACCUGCGACAAGUGUAAUACCAUCAUCUGGGGCCUCAUCCAGACCUGGUACACCUGCACAGGGUGUUAUUACCGCUGUCACAGCAAGUGCCUGAACCUCAUCUCCAAACCCUGUGUCAGCUCCAAGGUCAGUCACCAGGCUGAGUACGAGCUGAACAUCUGCCCGGAGAGCGGGUUGGACAGUCAGGACUACCGCUGUGCUGAGUGCCGUGCUCCCAUCUCUCUGCGAGGUGUGCCUAGUGAGGCUCGGCAGUGUGACUACACAGGUCAGUACUACUGCAGCCACUGCCACUGGAACGACCUGGCUGUCAUCCCUGCGAGAGUGGUACACAACUGGGACUUUGAGCCACGCAAGGUGUCCCGUUGCAGCAUGCGCUACCUGGCACUGAUGGUAUCUCGGCCAGUGCUCCGGCUCCGGGAGAUUAACCCUCUGCUGUUUAACUAUGUGGAAGAGCUGGUGGAGAUCCGGAAACUUCGCCAGGACAUCCUGCUCAUGAAGCCAUACUUCCUCACCUGUAAGGAGGCCAUGGAGGCGCGACUGCUGCUGCAGCUCCAAGACAGACAGCAUUUUGUGGAGAACGAUGAGAUGUAUUCCAUCCAGGACCUUUUGGAGGUGCACAUGGGCCGCCUCAGCUGCUCGCUUACUGAGAUCCACACACUCUUCGCCAAGCACAUCAAGCUGGACUGUGAGCGGUGCCAAGCCAAGGGGUUCGUCUGUGAACUCUGCAAAGAAGGUGACGUGUUGUUCCCGUUCGACAGCCAUACAUCGGUGUGCAACGACUGUUCAGCUGUCUUCCACAGGGACUGUUAUUAUGACAACUCGACCACGUGCCCCAAGUGUGCCCGGCUCACAUUGAGGAAGCAGUCACUAUUCCAGGAACCUGGUCUAGAGGUGGAUGCCUAGAACACUGGAGGAGAACGCCAGGCACCGUAUCUGCCCCUCCGGCUGUCGCCUGCUGGCCUUGCCCACCAGAUGUGCAUUCUACUCUGGAGAACCCCCCCGAGUGUAUCCCCCGGGCCUCUUCAUCUCUUUCGUGCCGGAAGGAAGUGACUGGUGGCCACCGGGACUCUUAUUCCUCAGGUGCUUGCUGAGACUUCGAGCGUGUAUGCCUGGCUGUUUAUUGGGUGUACAGCUGUCAGGGGUCAAAAUGCUGCCUGUGCCCCACUGUAAGACUCCUUAGGCAGAGGAGCCUGGGUGUGACUCUCCAGGAAAGUGGGGGAGUCACCCUCCUAUGGCACAGAGCCCUCCAGGCCUUUAAAACCAAUCCUUUGGCACCACAGAGAUGGUCUAGCUCCUGUCUAGAAUGCCCUUACAACUGGUCAGAAACUUCAGAGGCCUGUCCAGUGAGACCAAAGGAUGCCUCCUGACUGAGUUUCAUCUCUGCUGAGGAAGAUUCAGGUUCUACUUAGAGGCUCCCAACCCUCUCAGCACCUUGUCUCCUAAGGGACGUCCGGCUUUCUGACUGGGACUAUUUACUACGGUGUCCCAUGGAUCGUCUCCAGCAUCCUGAGAGUCGUCAUCAUCAUCCAUAAUCUGUCAGUCACGUGUGCUUCCCCAGCCCUUCUGUAAGAUAGGGAGGGGAGGGGUCUGUGGAGCUUCUCUUGGCAGAUACACCUGCUUCUGCCACAGCAGCCUAGUCCACUUUCCCCUGGUGCUCUGAGCCGGGCAUCUAAGGACCCGUCCUAAGGAAGAAAGCUCAGCCUCCAGUUACAUAGGUGGGGCUGUGUCCAGGGAGGAGGUUCUAGGUCAGGUGAGCCUGUCAGUUAACAUUGGCCUAUGUGGCCUUUGGGGGAAUUAAACUUUCCCACAGAGGUCUCUGUCCUGCUGCUGCAGUGCUCUGCUUGAAGAUGACCAGUGACUGGGUGUUGACGUAGGAUCCUGAGGCCAAGAGCUAGGAAUAUUUGCUAGACUCAAGCAGGAGGUCCAUGCAGGAAGGUCAAGUUGGGCAGACCUACACCUUUCCAGUGAGGCCCGGUCCACCUCCAUGCACACACCCCAUAGAUCCUAUGAUGGAAGAUGUGUGGAGAUGGGAUUCUCAAAAUACAGCUCUGUCUUUCUUCCUGGGAAGUAGGAGUUGGUUGCAUCUGCCUCUUUGCUCCUUGUCUGUGGAUUUCUGUUGACACACAUGGGUGGCGGGCAGAGGCCAGGGCGUGUCAUAACUUGGAUUUCCUUCACCUUUAAUGAGGCACAAGAAGGGACUCCUCAACUAGCCAGUUGAAACUUAACUUAGUGGCACAUUUGGAGGAUGGACAGACUUACACCGCCACCUCCACCUGAUUCCUCUUUGCCAUCAGGAGGUUUUACCUGUGCUGUCUUUUCUGUUUCAGUUUUCCCAUAUGGAAAAUGUUGGGAAGGUGGAGUUGCCCUGUCUCAGAGUGAAAGAUCAAGAGUCCUUUGAGUGUCGUGUGGGUCAACAGUGGGCCCCAAGUCCCGCUUCUUCUUUGGCGUUAAAGAAGGUCUUAAAACCAAAUGCCAUUUCCCGCACCCCCAAAUCUGUGUGUUUCCUGUCAUUGUAUCACACGUCUGUCCUGAGGCUGUGGGCCCUUCCUGAGCCUCCUGUGUAAUCAACAUCACAUUUCCAACUAUAAAUCAUAGUGUUUAAAGAAA